CUUCUGCGUCUUCCCAGCACAACGCCCGAGCCUAGGCGAUCUGUCCCGCGGUUUCUUUUUGUUACUCUUUGCUUGCUUUUUUUGUGGUGGCUGUUGAUUUCCCGUUCGUCCGCCUCCUCGUGUCCGCUGGCCGUUCUUUGGCCGUUGUUUUGUAUUAUAUUUCAUCCGAGACCGGCAGCAAUGGCCGCUCUGCCCGGCGAGCAAGUCUACGCCACGCUUCUGUUAAACGAUUCGUAUCUUCCAGGCGCUCUCGUUCUCGGCCAUUCGCUGCGCGAUGUGGGCACUUCAAAGCGCCUUGCGCUCCUCUUCACCGAGGAUACGGUGUCUGGCAGCUCCCUGUCGCAAUUGAGACACGUAUAUGAUCUACUCAUCCCGGUGCCGCGCAUCCAGACGCGCACCCCAGACAACCUCUACGUGAUGAACCGCCCAGACCUGCACUCCACAUUUACCAAGAUCAAUCUUUGGAAGCAGACGCAGUUCUCCAAGAUUGUAUAUGUGGACGCCGAUGUGGUUGCCUACCGCGCACCAGACGAGCUGUUCGACUUGCCGCAUUCCUUUUCUGCCGCGCCAGAUAUUGGAUGGCCCGACAUCUUCAACUCGGGUGUCAUGGUGCUGACGCCCAACUUGGGCGAUUAUUAUGCUAUGCUGGCCAUGGCUGAGAGAGGCAUCUCAUUUGACGGUGCCGAUCAAGGCCUCCUCAACCUGUACUUCAAAAACACAUUCAACCGCCUGUCCUUUACUUACAACGUCACCCCGUCCGGCCACUACCAGUACACGCCUGCGUACCGCCACUUCCAAUCCAGCAUCAACAUGGUGCACUUUAUCGGUGCCAACAAGCCCUGGUUCCAGGGCCGAUACAUCGAUCACGGCGAGCAUUCUCCGUAUGGCGAAAUGAUUGGGCGCUGGUGGGCCGUCUACGACAAGCACUACCGAGUCCAUGAGCCGCAGCCAACAAUCUCAUCGUCGCAGCUGCCUACAAUUCAGGAACAACCACCGGCAGCUGAACACCAUCCCCAUGAGCAAGCUGCUCAUCACCAGCCUCAACCACAGCAGCCCGCCCUCCGCGCUCCGGCCAUAUCUCUCUCCUUCCCCUCCCCCGAGAACAAGUCCCCCGAAAUCAUCCAGCCCAUUGCUCGAGCCCCCAUUGCUCCCAUCCUCCAGCAGCAGCACACCGAGCCCGAUCCACCCGCCGACCAAACUUGGGACGCUCAAACACAACCGCCACCCGUCGAUUCCAAGCCUGAAGCCAUGAACUUCCCCUCCACACACUACGACAUGUCCUCAGACGUCACGCCGUUUGUAGCGCCAGUCCGCUACCCCAGCCCACCCAAGAACAUGUGGUACGAGGUGCCCAAGACGAAACCACCUCCUGCAAGCGCCGCCCCCUCUACAAUCUUCCCUUGGGAAGCCAAGCAGCCUGCGCCAACCCGUAGCUUUCCUGAUAUCGAGCCUCCUCCUCCAGAACCCGAACCCGAACCCGAGGCUGUUACUGUUGUUCCUGCUGCUGCUACUAGUCCUCCAACCACCACACAACCCACAUCCUCAGAUCCAUGGUCGUCCUUCCAAACCAUCAACGCAUGGGACCAACACCCCGCCAUCAACAGCUACGUCGAGCGCAUUCGCCGCAGCGGCCCUCGCCAACCGAAGCCUCCUCGCAACCCAUCUCCUACACUUGCCAUGCCCAAGGCCAUUCCUCUCAAGCUUACAGACUUCCCCACGGCUAAAGAGCGUCCCAGUCUACCCGUCACGCCGGCACCCAUACGCAGAGUCUCAGUGCGUGACACAGACGACGACAACGACGACAGCAAGCUUGCUGCGCAGUCACACGCUUGGAACCCCAAUGAGCAGCUGCAGAUGCUAGCGACACAGCAGUCCGAUGAACUCUUGCGUAAGCUCGAGGCUGCUGCGGCAGAGAUGCCAUCUCGCGAUUUACCGUUUGGCUCUGAGCUUCCCGUCAAGUCUGAGCCUGUAGAGGCUUCCCCUGUACAACCCUCAACGACAGCAGCUUCAACUUCUAAAUCAUCAGACGCGCAGUAGCAUACCUGUGCUCUAGCCUUCUUCUUUUUUUAUGUUCUUGUCUAUUUCUCAUGUAUUAUAGCAGUUCCCAGCACUCGAUAUUGUUUUAAGCAUCGUCAUAUUCAUGUUUGAUAGUCAUAUAGUUCUAUUAUUAGUCAAAUACGCUCCAAGUUACCAAACGCUACUCUGAAUCUUCUGUUUCUUCUACCGUUGUUGCACGUCCCAUCGCCUUGAAUGAAAUGACCUCUUCAUCAGAUUCCUCCUCGGAUUCGUCCUCUUCCUCUUCUUCUUCUUCUUCUUCUUCCUCUUCUUCUUCGCUAGACUCAACAGCCGCUUUAGUCGGCUUUGGGGGGGCAGCAUCACGAGCAGGACCUGCUGCACCGGAGCUGGCUGAUUCGCCUGCUACUUCAGGGCGCCCAAGUCUCUGACGAGCAGUGCGGGAGUUGAGCUCUGAGCCGCUCGCAAACAGCUGCGAUGCGCCUCCCCAGUUAGGGAGCGUUGGGUUCGGUGCAACAACCGAUGCCGGGCCGCUGGUUGGCGCUUGCGUUGGCACCUGCGUCGUCGUCGUCGGUGUUGGCGCUACACUUGUCUCCGGGAUACGGAAUGGGUUUGGUGUCUGGCUGCGCUGGCGCUCAGGUGGACGGGUUGGCGAAGACGACACGCUACGGCCAUCAGUUGGUCGAGCCUGUCCGCCAUCCAUACGCUGCACAGGCAGCAGAGACCAUCCUUCGGGGAUGACAACGCCUUCUGGGAGAUCAGGGCUGCCGGCUGGAAUAGCUCUCGAAUUUGGCAAUGUUCCAUGGCGGACCAUGGUCGGGCCUGUGGGAGGUACAACAGGAGCUAUUCCAGGUACACCCGCCAUAUUGGGGACUGCUGGGGGGAAUGUGGGAAGAUUUUGGAACCGAUUCUGGCCGAGCUGAGCGGCGAGGUUUGGAUCUUGCGUUUGAACGGGGAUGUUUGCCUGGCCCGGAGCGCCUGCCUGAUUGCGUCUCAUGCGAAGCCUGUUGAGUUCAGCUACAAGAAGCUCUACGAGCUGCAGCUCCUGUUGUGUAGUCUGUAGGGCUAUGGCUUCACGUUGAACCACUUGUGUAGCCUGCUGCAGCAAGUCACUUACUUGCUGGAGGUUUGAGACAGUGCCGUUAAGGAGUGGCUGUGCAGCGGUGCCAGGAGCAGGUUGUGCCGGUGCCGGUGCCGGUGCCUGAAGACCAAACUGCUGUGCAAUAUUUUGAACUUGUUGUCCAUUUGCACCAAAACCAAGGCGAAUAGGGCCAAUGUUAAAGACUCUUCCAGCACCCUGGGGCUGUGGGUUGACUCCUGGCUGGCCGUUUUGGCGAGCGUUUGGAGCAUUGCCUGCUUGUGCUGCACCGGGCUGUCCCUGGCGGUUACGAUCAAGAGAGACAGGGCUGCGACAUGUAGGGCAUACUUGCUGUCUCUCGAGCCAGCUCUUGAGGCAUCCAAGAUGCAGGAUGUGGUUGCAAGGCAGUUUCUUGGGUCUGACGCGGUCAACUGCUCCGGCAUUGUUAUUGGGGUCCCAGAAACGCAUCUCCUCGCGGCAGAUAAUGCAGGUGUUUUCUUGAGCCAGCUCUGCCUCCGUGGCAUCGGGGUAUCUGUUCAUCUCCUGGAUGGCACGGCGGUAUCGGAUGAUGGCGUUGAGGCGCUUGAGGAAGUCUCGGGCCGUCAUAAGGACGUCUCGGAUAAUAUGGAUUGGGAAUCCAUAGAGAUACCAUAGCAUAACAAAGAAUGCUACGUAAAUAACGAGCUUAAUGAUAUCGGUCGUGAGGUCAAGCCAUAGUACCAAUUCACCCUUGGCGGCCCAGCCGGGAACUUCAAUGUCGAUCUCGUCAAUGUCGUCUUCUGAUGGUAGAGGUUCUCCUGCUCGAGGGUGUGUUGUAUUGUUCGCGGCAGCGAGUGCCAAUUCCUGUUCCAGCGUUGCCCGCUCUUGUCGAAUUUCUCUGCGGCGCUCGAUGAGUCUCGUGGCGGUUUGAGCCUUAACAACCCGCUGUUCGUAGAGCGAGAGCAUGUAUCGUACAGUAGUUCUGCCAGAGCAUGCUAUCAAAAUGGCAAAUUCAAACAUGAACAUUACCAUCAUGCUCGGCUUCGCCUCUUGUACAACCGUAUUGAGACAGUACCGGAAUAUCCAAGUAUUGUACAGCAGGCUCAUGGCCAAUGAUAUGCUCAAUCGGGCGUGGAACAAUCGGGGGUUCGCCGGUGGUUGCUGUUCGAGGAAUUCGACCCGUCCGUCACCAAUCCAGCCCCAUACCUUUCCGGUAACAAGGGCCGUGAACAUGACAAUAAACCAAGCUCCUAGCUCGUCUCUGAAGAUGGUCAUAGCCAAACAUGUUUCUGUAAUGGCAAACCACGCUCGUUCCGUGAGCUGUUCAACUUCCGCCGUACGCAAUGUCCCAAAGCAGAGCUUUGUAAGUCCAUAUAUGAAGGCGCUAUAUACAAUUAGGGAGAAGUUGACAAGAACCUGAUAUCAAAGUUAGAAGGUUG